UGAGAUAUGUGGGGUUCAAAAUAAUCCUGUGGCUGAAGUGGGGAAAAGUGGGUGGGUCCAUACCCACUUCAGCUACAAUUGGGUCUGUUCAGCGAUUGUUGGAACCAGGGUGAUGACUACAUAGGGGUUUAUUGAACGAUUCUACUUUUGUAUACUCUUUUGGGGAAAAGUUGGAAAACUUUUCAUAAUAAAACUUAAAUUGUGCAUUUUCUUUUUGUGUGUCCUGUGAGUUGAAAUAACUAGUAAAUGUUAUCACCCACUUACGGAGACCAAUACAACAGCUUUCUGGGGUUUUGUAAAAUAAGAUCAGUAGCCUGUUUGGCAUUCAAAGAGAGAAAACAUUUGGUCAGGCUUAUCCAAACAAAUUUACUUGAGUGAAUUUAAACUUUAAAUAAAAGGGAUACGAAAAAGGUAAAGCUGGCUUAGUUCAGCCAUUCGUCAGAGAUAUACCAGUAUUACUGCAUUCAGAUAAAUCAAUGAGACGAAACAACUCUUACUUUAUGUUCUGCCAUUUGCACUGACCACGGUCACAUCUCUUGUAAUGGCCAUUGCAUGCUCUAACGCUGUGGUAGGAUGAUAUUUUACUUUGUCUCUUAUUUAAUUAGAAAACUUUCGAUGUUUUAAAACCAAAUUUAAUAGUUACUAAGAUUACAUUAAAAGUUGUUAUAACAAACAUUUCUAAAAUUAUAGCCAAAAAUGAAACAUUAUAACAUCAUAGCAUAUGUUAAGUCCUCAACAUUAAUACUUUUUUAGUAUAGGAAAUCCAUUGAUUUAAUUUUAAAAAGAAUGUCAUCAUGGACUGAAUUAGUGCCGGUUCGUUCUGUGAUUUGUUAGGUUUUCAAAUAUACAUCCUGUUAUUGUACUGAGGUGGACAGGGAUUCUCUCAAUUUUAAUAAUGGAAAAACAGUAAGAAGAACACAUUGAGUUGAUUUUCACAUUAUUUAAGCUUCCUUUAGAAGAGGUGAGCUGAAUCCAUUUAACAUAAGAAUUGAAAAUAGGGAGGGUGGUACCAAAAACGAAGGUCAGGAAAUGAUUAACUAUUUUAGGAAAAGUGUAUAUUGCUAGCUCAUUCCAGAAUGAGUUUAUUUACAGUUAAAUGUUGUAAAUGUACUAGCAUUUAUAACAUUGAAAGUGUAUAUUCUCCAUUGUUCCUUCUUGUUUUGAAUACUUCAUUUGAUGGCUUUAAAAAAUUUAUUGAGUGCUAUUAUCUGCAGCACAUGGUAGUAGGCUUAUGAUUUGAAAAAUAUGAUGUAUAGGGGAAUAUUAGGUAUUGUGAUGUCAUAGAAUAUAUCACCAUAAGAGAAAAGACUGUUCAUAAGUAGUUUUUAGGACUUUUUAAGAAUUGUUUUUAAGGGAAAUGAAUAGAAAUAAUCCACUUUGAAAAAGCCAUGGCAAAAUCAAAGACAAAACACAGACUUUGUUCUCAGGAAUCUUCAGUAUCUGCACUGCUGGCAAGCUGCAGCCUGAGUGGUAGUAAUUCCUCUCAUUCUGAUGGCUCGUUUCACUAUAAAGAUAAGCUGUACAGAUCUGCUUCUCAAGCUCUACAGGCUUAUAUUGAUGAUUUUGAUCUAAGCCAAAUAUAUCCUGGUGCAAGCACUGGAAAAAUUAAUAUUGAUGAGGAUGUUACUAAUAUGUCACAGUUCUGCAACUAUAUUUACAAACCAAACAAUGCUUUUGAAAACCUUGAUCACAAAAAGCACUCAAACUUCGUAUCCUGUAGAAGACAGACUAUUAAUGACGUAGACUCCAUGAGCCUAACAACUGAUGAUCUAUUAAGACUCCCAGCAGAUGGAUCAUUUUCUUAUACUUAUGUUGGACCGAGUCACCGAACGAGCAAGAAAAACAAGAAAUGCCAUGGAAGACUGGGUUCAUUGGACAUUGAGAAGAAUCCAAAUUUUCAAGGACCCUACACUCCCGUGGGCAAUGAUAACUUUGUUACUCCUGUUAUACGCACAAAUAUAAAUGGAAAGCAAUGUGGUAGGCUAAAAAACCCAAAACUUAUUCAUAGGACUAAUAAUUGCAUUUCUGAAUCAUCUUUGUCUUUUCCCAAGAAAUCGUCUUUCAAGGACAGUUCAGAACACAGUCUUGAAAAGAAUUAUCCAAGAUGGCUCACUAGCCAGAAAUCUGACCUGAAUGUUUCAGGGAUAACUAGUAUACCUGAUUUCAAAUACCCAGUCUGGCUCCACAAUCAAGACUUGUUACCUGAUGCAAAUAGUCAAAGGGUUUAUCAAAUAUUUAAAGAUGAUCAGUGUUCCCCUAGACAUAGUCAUCAGGCACAAGGAACUUCUCGGCUUAUGAAUAAAUUAGAUUGUUUUGAAUAUGCUUUUGAACCCUCAAACUUUUCAAAUUCCUUGAGUGAUGAUAAAGAAUUAGUUAAUGAAUACAAAUGUGAUUUUGAACAUAGCCAAUGUCAAUGUGAGAAUCCACUUCUCCCAGGACAAUCCACAAAGCCAUUCAGUGGUGACAAAAUUGAAUUGCUUAUCUUGAAGGCCAAGAGAAAUCUAGAGCAGUGUACUGAAGAAUUACCAAAGUCCAUGAAAAAGGAUGACAGUCCUUGCUCAUUAGAUAAACUUGAAGCAGAAAGAUCAUGGGAAAAUAUUCCUGUUACUUUCAAAUCUCCUGUUCCCGUUAACUCUGAUGAUAGUCCUCAACAAACUUCAAGGGCAAAGAGUGCUAAAGGGGUUCUUGAAGACUUUCUAAAUAAUGAUAAUCAGAGCUGUACUCUUUCUGGAGGCAAACAUCAUGGUCCUGUUGAAGCCCUGAAACAAAUGUUAUUUAACCUUCAAGCAGUACAAGAACGUUUUAAUCAAAAUAAGAGCACAGAUCCAAAAGAAGAGAUUAAACAAGUUUCAGAAGAUGAUUUCUCUAAAUUACAGUUGAAGGAAAGUAUGAUUCCUAUUACUAGGUCACUUCAGAAGGCUUUGCACCAUUUAUCUCGCCUGAGAGACCUGGUUGAUGAUACGAAUGGAGAACAGUCACCGAAAAUGUGAAGAGGAAAAUGAAACUGUCACCACAAUAAAUAGUCACCACAGAACAAAUAGGCAUUUUUUCUAUUACUUAAACUGACAGAGUAAAUAUAAGCCAUACAUUAUUUUGUGGUUUGUUCAAGGAUUAUAUAUUUCUAAAACACUAAACUUGAAAAUACCCAUAGGUUUUGGGACCUAUCUUUAUUUUGUGCCAAUAUACUAGAAUGUGAACUGCAAGGACCCACAAUGUAUCCUAAAGUCUUACUUUCGCCUUCUGGCCAGCAAAUGUCUAAUAUUUAAAGAUGGAUGACUUCUGUUCUUGAAGCUUACCUGGAUUUAACCUUCUUCAGCAUCCUCAACAUUUUGUUACCUGGUUCAGGAUCAUUAAGAAACUUACUGGUUUUUAUCCAAAAUCUUUUACGUUAAAUAGACUUUUUUAAAGAUAUAGUUAGCAUCACUUUUAAACAGCUUAGAGGAAUAUCAAAAUUGUUAUUGUGUAUCUCAUCUAUAAGGAAGUCUGUUACUUUGAAAUUUUCAUAAAUUUAAUAUUUAAGAUACAUUGUAUUUGAAAAUUGCAUUAAUAGUGGGGUGAUACUGUGUUAAAAGGAACGUUGUGUUGUGACAUUCAAGAGAACCUCCUCAUUUAAUUAGUACUUUGAUUCUGUGUAAGAUAAUCUUGGUAAUGCUUGACAGUUUCCGAACCUUUUUUUGGAGGGAUAUUUAAGAAUUUAAUAUUUUGAUAUUAGAUUGUUUCCCAGAUUUUAAUUUUGGGGUUAGCUCAAACUAGUGAAAACUAUGACUCAAUGGCCAAUUGCUUUAUCAAAUUUGAUAACUAAAACUUAAAACGAAUAUGGAAAAUCAGAAAGCAACUCUGUAUUUUAGAGCUAUUUUGUAAGAGUUGUGCUUUCUUUAACACAAUCUGUAGUCUUAAGUUUGUCUCUAGCUGGAACUGAACAAAGCUCUAUAAUUUUUACCAAGCACUUAUUAUUAAUACUUCUUAUAAGUAGUAAGCAUCUUUACUAACACAAGUGAGAAUUAAGUCAUAAAACAUAACUAAUACAGCACAUUAUUGCCUGAUGAAAUUAAAGAGUACUGUGUGUAUAUAUAACUACUACAGAUUAACACUUCACCCAAAUGAUAGCGUUUUUCCUCAGUAGAUUUAUUGUCAAAUAGGAAUUUCUAAGCACAUUGAGUCAAAGCAUUUUUUCCAAGUUAAUAAAGCGUUAUUUACUAUCUUUGUUAGAGGUGACAUGUCAAACACUACAGUGAUCCCUGUGGGUUUUUUGUUUUUUUUUUGCCAGUGAGUUUUUUACCGUGAUGCUCUGACCAGUUUGAGUGGCAAUUACCAAUAGAUUUGUUUUCUUUAUUCUGUGGAGAUGUUUUUACCACUGACACUUUUCUGAUUAUAGUCUGCUUCAUAGAAAAUAGCCUGCAUAAUCAAACAAGGAGUUACUUUGAAAUUAAAGUAUGCCUGGCUAUUAAAAAUGCAGAUUUUAGGUGGGUAAAACAUCAGGUAGGUCUGGGUGGGUCAUGUUCUAGGCCUAGAAAAAUACACUAUUAGACAAGUUCUAAAGAAGGCAAGGAGAUAAAGGCAUCAGGUGGUAACUUCUAACUGAAUAUUAUAUGUUGAUCAUACAUAAUAUAUACUAUGCCUGGAAAUUAUAAUGACUGAAAAGCACCUAUUUGAUUAGUGCUCCUAUUCAUGAGAACAUAUCUCCAAUACUAAAUGAGAUAAGCCUGUUCUAAAAUCUUGUAGCCAGUAUUUUAAGAAACUUGAUUAUGCUUACCAAAGGAACAUUGUUUGUUUUCUCUUGUUUUAAAUAUGGAGAGGUUUAAUCCUUUACCUAACAAAGGAAUUAAUUUUAGCAAAAUGAUUCAUUCCAACCUUCUUAUAAGAAAUAUCUAGGAGAGUCAACUAAGAAAAAUAACGAAUCUAAGUGAUAAACGUUCAAGAAAUUCUCUAAAUAAGAGAUUUAUUUACAAUUUUAAUAUCUCAGGGUUCUUUUUAGGUUUCCAGGGGAAAAGAGCAGGAUAACAGUGUGGAGACUGCUAAGUUGAGAAUUUAAAACAAAUGAGAACAUAAGAUUUUAAAAAUUGCAUUGUGAAUGUAAAAUUUUUUAUCAAUACUUUGCUCUCUUUUAGACAUAUUAAGAAAAUGUUAAAUAGAAAAAAUUAAGAAAUUUUAAUAAGAUGUUUCAGAUCUUUGAGUAUGAAAAGCAUAACAAAAAAGCCUAAUUUCAAAAAACUAUUUGAGAUCAAGGGACAAUGGUGUGACCAAUAUGAAGGGUCAAGACUGACAUGUAUUGUCUUUACUAUCAAGAACUCUACUUUCAGUUUUUUCUCGGACAGUUAAUUUCAGCUUCAUAGAGAUUUCUGACCAAAUUAAGGAACACUGUUUUCCUGGGUUUGUUUUGGGUAUAUGUCAUUAUAGUUAUGUUAUUUCUUGUUGAAAUUUAUAAUUGUGGGUUUUUUGUAUUGUUUUAGUAUUUAAUGGUGUAUAAUGUGUUAUUAAAUUAUAUGUAGUUAUACCAAAAUAUUGCCUAAAGAUAAAUCGUGACAAGGUCCCCUGUUUAUUCCUGUGUUAUAGAUACAUGGAAUUGCUCCUGUAGAUUUGAAUUUUUGUUUCAUUUUUUUUCUGUCCCACCCUUCACUCUCUGUAUCUCAGAACAUUUUUGGUAGAAGUGCUAUCCAGAACUGAACUUGUCAAAAGGCAAGUAGCAUGAAAGAAGACAAAAGAAGCAAAAGGCUAAUAAAGUGGAUAAUUUCUGAGCACGUGAAGUUUCUUCAAAUGUGCAAGACUAUGUGUCUUCCUAUUAGAUGUAUAAAUUGGAUAUUUCAUGCCUAAUUAAAUGUUGUGUUGGAUUGCA